GGAUUGGUUUUGUUUUUUUUUUUAAAGAUUUUAUUUAUUUAUUUGACAGAGAUAGAGACAGCCAGCGAGAGAGGGCACAAGCAGGGGGAGUGGGAGAGGAAGAAGCAGACUCAUAGCGGAGGAGCCUGAUGUGGGGCUCGAUCCCAUAACGUCGGGAUCACACCCUGAGCUGAAGGCAGACGCUUAACUGCUGUGCCACCCAGGCGCCCCUGUGAUUGGUUUUGAACCCUGGCCUGGGAAUCGCAAACCUAGGUCCCUCUGGCCACAUCUUCCCAUGUGCCAUGUGAUCUCAGAAAGUGUGUCUCACUCUUUGGCCCCAGAUUCCUCAUCUCUGGAAAAGGGAAGAGAGGGCGGCACUGGGGGUCUGAGAGCCAGGUCCCUGCCGGGCCGCUGUGUGCACACACCCCAUGUGGCCUCAGGGGCCUCUGAUGGACCAGAGCUCCUCCCGCCUUGAGAGGGCAGCGGCUGCUCCCUCUGCCGGCUGUGGCCCUGUGGGAAGGUGCACCUGGAGUUGCUUGAUCAGCUUUUUCCAUAGAAGCCCGAAGUUGGGAUUUUCAUAUUAAGUCUCCCGAUUGGGAGAUGUUGGCUUCUAACUAGGACAGGCAGACGGCGUGGCAGCACUGCGCGCUGGAACUUUCUGUGAUGUUUAUGCCAUGUCCCGUGUCUGCACUGUCCGGUCUGGCCGCCAUGUUCGGACGGAGCCAUGGAGUACGUGCAGUGUCAGGAGGGUAACUGAGGACUAGAGCUCCUGUUCGUAUCAUUUUAAGUAACUAGUUUAAGCAGCCACUCGUGGCUUGUCGCUCCUGCAGGGGCUGCCACGGUUGCGUGCCAUUCCAGUCUGGGUCCUGGACUGGCCACGUUCAAAUCCCAGCUUUGCCGCUUCCCACCUCGUGUGGUCUCAGGUUACUUCGCCUGUCAUGCCUCAGUUUCCCCAUCUGUGAAGGUAACCGUACCUAGCUCGGAGGCUAGGCUGGAGUGCUGAGGGAGGUGCUCCACAGAGGCCCUCAGAUGGUGGCUGUGGACCUUGGGCCAGGAGUCUCUGUGCCUCUGCUUCCUCAGCUCACAAAGGGGUAAUGGUAGGACCUGUCUUCCAGCAGCUGUGAGUAACAGGACAGCCCCUCCUCGGCGGUAUGUAGAUUCCCUUGGGUCUUCUUACCUGGUUCCCAUACUGGCUCUUCACAGACUGAAGUAUCCUGGACCCCCACCCAUGGCUGGCCCAGCCUCUCUCCUCCAGCCAGCACUUAGUGCUAGUACCAGUUAAAUAUUUUAAAAAGACAUUCCCUGGUGUUUGUUACAAUAAUUAAAGUGUAACUGUGUGGGCCAGAUUGAAUUUCUGGACUUUUACCAGUUUUUUUUUUAAAGGCUCACCUCCAUGUCUAUAAAGAAAUGUUAAAAUUUGCAUACCCGUCCAGCCCCAAGGUGUACUAUCUAUAACCUGGGCUAGGUCUCAAGGGUCAUGGUUUACUUAUUCAUAAGUGAUUCAUAAUAGUACUUCCCUCGUUCAUUGACUGACUCAUCAAUAUUUCCUAAGUGCUGACUGCCCAACCUUGUUCUAAGCACUAGGGUGCAUCAGUGAGCAAAUUAGAUAAAAAGCUCUCCCUGUUAGAUAAAAAGCUCUCCCCUCAUGGAGGAGGCAAUGGUCAGAUCUUUCUCGAGGUAAUAAAGGCAUAAAGAAAAAUAUGGUAUGGUAAGUAGACAGAGUGGUUUGGGGGCUUGAGGUACUGAUUUGGAUUGGAUGGAACAGUCAAGGAAGGUUUCUUGGAAGGGUAUAUCUGAUCACAAGGAAAUGAGGAAAGCCAUGGAUAUCUCUGUCAGGCACGCUCACCUCAGGGCCUUUGCACUUGCUGUUCCCUCUGUCAGGAAUAUUUUCCCAGGGUACAUAUCACUUCCCCUUCUUCCUCUCACCCUAGGUCUUUACUCAGAUGUCACCUCAGCAUGGCCUGUGGGCCUAAGAUUGGCUUGUAAGGAAAAGUCCUAAAUAGCCAAAGAGACUCAUGAAAAUCUCUUAAAGUAUACCUCACACGCAGACAUGACAGAAUUCACCUGAAACAUUAUCAUGUCUGGCACAAACCUUCAAUAAAGCUUGGCUGUUUUUACGAUCUUUAAAAUGUUUGAGAUAUCUCAGACCUGGAAUCUGUUACCUUCCCAAGUUAGCAUUCAGGGCAGGAUUUUGCCUUCUCCCACAGCCUGUUCUAAAGACUGUCCAAAUUCCAUUUGAAUGUGUCCUGUGAUGGGAAGCUCACUCCUCCACCUACCCCAGUACAGGGCCAAACUUGCCUCCCAGUAGUUGGUCCACGAGGUUUGGCCCUCUGCUUUGGGCUACAGGGCCAGUUUGAGUAGCGGGAUAUGAAGGGGGACCUCAAAUGUCAGCCUUAGAGUCUUGGGGUGUAUUUUCUUUCUUUGUUUCUUUUUUUUUUUUUUUCCAAGUAGGCUCCACUCUGGGUUUGAACUCACGACCUGAGAUCAAGGCCUGAGCUGAAAUCAGGAGUCAGACGCUUAACCGCCUGAGCCACUGAGGUGCCCCUCGGAGUGUAUUUUGAAGGCACUGGGGAGCCAUGCUCGAGCCUGCAGGAGAAGGACACGGUCAGAUUUGUGCUUAGACCCUGUAGGCCAGGGUGGUUCCGGCUGGGGGAGAGGAAUCAGGGCUGUGGGACUCUGAGGAGGUGCAUGGCCACCUUGGUGAAUGUUAGUGAAGUACUGGCAGGAGGCGCAUCCUGCUGAGAACGGAAUUCAAUAGAGGAGGGAGUGGAGAGGACACGAGUAGAGGGGAGACCUGUGCGAAGGAGCCUGGGGUGUACACACAGUGGCCCUGGCCCUCCCGUGCUCAAAAGCCUUACAUGACUCCAGUCCUCAGGAUUAAGAGGAAACUUUUUUUUUUUAAGGUUUUAUUUUUGGGGCGUCUGGGUGCGCAGUCGGUUGACCGACGACAGACCCUUGACUUCGACUUCGGCUCAAGUCAUGAUCCCAGGGUCGCGGGGUGGAGUGCCGCAUCGGGCCCCAAGCUCAGUGGGGAGUCUGCUUCUCUCCCUCUCCCUCUGCUCCUCCCCGCUCUCGCGUUCUCUAAAAUAAAUCUUGGGGGAAAAAUCUUAUUAAGUAACCCCUACACCCAAUGUGGGACUUGAACCCACAACGCCGAGAUCAAGAGUCGCUCGCCCCACCGACGGAGCCAGCCGGCGCCCGUAAGGGGAAACCCUUUAACUGAACUCUCUCCUUCAUUAAAAAUUGCUGCGCGCUGGCGUGUGCCCGGGUCUCCCGGGCUAUGCUUUAUGGAUCAUCCUAUCUUCUCUAAAUACAGCCAAGCUGUAUUCCCACCUUACUGAUUAGCCUCUAAGUAUGACAACGUUGGGGGGGGGGUGCGGGGGGGUUUACGUCACCUGCGUGAGGGCUUCACUCAGCACCUGGCCCCGAGCGACUGUGACCAGAGGCCGGAGCAUCUGCUCCUCACCCGGCUUUCCUUGCGGUGGUCCGGGAAUACUUAGGGGCUUCUGGACCGCCCGGGGGUGCCCCCUCCCCCCACCGUGAGGGAGAGGGGGGGUCCCCUGAUCUGUGAAGACGGAAUUUCCUGCCCAUUUGCUCCUCACACCUUCCGGAGGCCAAACGGGCAGCCCAGCUGCGGCCCGAAGGGGGAGGGGCGCGGCCGUCCGGCAGAUGGCGGCAUUUACAUACAGCUGGGGCCCUCGCAGGCGGGGGCGCCUCGGCCCGGAGGCUGUGCCUCCGCGACGCGGGGUCUGCAAGGGUGGCUUUGUCUUCGGGAGGGGAGCACACACGCUGCGCAUGUACACACACACAGAGGUCCACAAAGAACCCCGGAUCUUCAUCGUACCCACACAUGGGUGCACCCGUGGACUUCCCACACCUCCUGUCUUUUCACGCACGGACGCUCGGUUAUUCACAGCUGACACAGACCCUACCACACACACACGGCCACCUAGAGCUACCUGCACGGACCACAAAGUGAGAGGUUCCUGUGACUCUACACCGUGGGCCAGGAUCUCUCAAAUUUACUCCUUUACCCGCACAGAGAAGCAUCCACAACGGCUGCGCACUCCCCCAAAAUCACACAGUCCUGAAGUCACGUACACCUCUGUUCUUCUAUGCAGGUGCACACCCGUACACACAACCACAGAAUCUCAGAAUUACUUACAACCUCACAGUCUUAACCAUACACAAUUCGAGGCACACGUGGAGCCACACCGUCUCAGGCACACACUCACCAAGUCCCGCACAGCCUCCAGCCAGUAGCUCCUGCUCACACCACACGCACGCACAGAAUCUUACAAUCAUGUGCAACCUCACACACUGGCAUAACCCUCUAACCCCACCCCGAGCUCGGUCACACACCAAGUCGUGCCCAAACCACACCCAGGACCACACACCCACUACAUUGCCGGUGCCCACACCCCAAUUCACGGUUACUCCGGCAAGCUCCCCUUCCCCUGCGACCUCCCCCCAGAGUCUCCCGGAGCCCGGCGGCUGCCUCAAGGGGCGGAGCCGUCCCCUCGGAUAUAAGGCUCGGGAGCCCGCAGCUGCGGCUCCCAGCGCCCCCCGAAAGGCCAUGGUCAGCCCGCAGAUGCCCCAGCUCCUGCUCCGGACGGUGAUCCUGGCGCUUAUUUUCCUUCCCCAGGCACGGCCGGCAGGCGUCUUCGAGCUGCAGAUCCACUCUUUCGGGCCAGGACCAGGCCCGGGGGCCCCGCGGUCCCCCUGCGGUGCGCAGGGCCCCUGCCGCCUCUUCUUUAGGGUCUGCCUGAGGCCAGGGGUCUCCGAGGAAGCCGCCGAGUCUCUGUGCACCUUGGGCGCGGCGCUGAGCGCGCGCGGACCCAUCUACACCCAGCAGCCCGAAGCGCCAGCGCCUGACCUGCCGCUGCCCGACGGCUUCAUGCGCGUGCCCUUCCGGGAAGCCUGGCCGGGCACCUUCUCUCUCAUCAUUGAAACCUGGAGAGAGGAGUUAGAACAGAUUGGAGGGCCCGCCUGGAGCCUGCUGGCGCGCGUGGCCGGCCGGCGCCGCCUGGCGGCCGGGGGCCCGUGGGCCCGGGAUGUGCAGCGCGCAGGCGCCUGGGAACUGCGCUUCUCUUACCGGCGCUGCGAGCCGCCCGCCGUCGGGGCCGCGUGCGCGCGCCUCUGCCGCUCGCGCAGCGCACCCUCGCGGUGCGGUUCGGGACUGCGACCCUGCGCGCCGGCGGAGGACGAGUGCGAGGCAGCGCCGGCGUGUCUAGCAGGCUGCAGUCCUGACCACGGCUUCUGUGAGCAGCCCAAUGAGUGUCGAUGCCUGGAGGGCUGGACUGGGCCCCUCUGCACCAUCCCUGUGUCCAGCAGCUGCCUCACCCCCAGGGGCCCAUCCUCCGCCACCACUGGAUGCCUCGUACCCAGGCCUGGGCCCUGCGACGGGAACCCGUGCGCCAACGGCGGCAGCUGCAGCGAGACCCCGGGAUCCUUCGAAUGCGCCUGUCCCCGCGGGUUCUACGGAUUGCGGUGUGAGGUGAGCGGGGUGACCUGUGCGGAUGGACCCUGCUUCAAUGGCGGCUUGUGUGUGGGAGGCGCAGACCCUGACUCUGCCUACGUCUGCCACUGCCCGCCCGGGUUCCAAGGCUCCAACUGUGAGAAGAGAGUGGACCGGUGCAGCCUGAAGCCGUGCCGGAACGGCGGGCUCUGCCUGGACCUGGGCCACGCCCUGCGCUGCCGCUGCCGCGCCGGCUUCGCGGGGCCGCGCUGCGAGCACGACUUGGAUGACUGCGCCGGCCGCGCCUGCGCCAACGGCGGCACGUGCCUGGAGGGCGGCGGCGGCGGCGGCGCGCGCCGCUGCUCCUGCGCGCUGGGCUUCGGCCGCGACUGCCGCGAGCGCGCCGACCCGUGCGCCGCGCGCCCCUGCGCCCACGGCGGCCGCUGCUACGCCCACUUCUCCGGCCUCGUCUGCGCCUGCGCGCCCGGCUACAUGGGCGCGCGCUGCGAGUUCCCGGUGCAUCCCGAAGGCGCGGACGACGGCGCAGGUGCAUUGCCCGCAGCGCUGCCGGGCCUGAGGCAGGGGGACCCGCAGCGCUUCCUUUUGCCUCCGGCUUUGGGACUGCUGGUGGCCGCGGGCUUGGCCGGCGCUGCGCUCUUGCUGGUCCACGUGCGGCGCCGUGGCCCUGGCCAGGAUACUGGGUCCCGCCUGCUUGCGGGGACCCCGGAGCCAACGAUGCACGCGCUCCCAGAUGCACUCAACAACAGGAGAGCGCAGGAGGGUUCGGAGGAUGGGCCGAGCCAGCCAGUGGAUUGGAAUCACCCUGAAGAGGGAGACUCUCGUGCGAUUUAUGUCAUAUCUGCUCCUUCCAUCUAUGCCCGAGAGGCCUGACCUGCCCCUUCUCCAUCAGCGCCUGGAGACAGAACCCGGAUAUUUUUGUAUUUGCUUGGUGGUCCCCAAUCUCUGCCUCAGACACUUUGGAGCUGGAGGGGGUGGCUGCGAGAAUUUACCUUUGGGGGUUGUACAUAAUGGUUAUUUAAAUCCUAUUUUUUUCUCUCUCCAUCUCUCCAGAGACCUCUAUAAAGGCUCUUAUUUGGAUCA